GAUAUCCACUCUGUGAAUAUCGACUCCAACCUGCCAUCAGCUGUAAAGCUAAGUCGAAGCGCUCGAGGCAUCAAGGCCACCAACAAAAGUAACAGUUCUCUAACUCCAGUGAUACGAAAACAAAUCACUAAAGCUGUCAACUCUGCAACACGUAAAGACUGCACCGAGAAAGGACGCCAGACAACUGUGAAGGGAUCUUGGGGACCUCAAGGAUCCCAAGGACCACCGGGGUCCCAAGGACCUGUGGGACCUAGAGGCCCUCAGGGAAAAUCAGGAACUCAAGGAACUCCGGGAAAUUCGGGACCUCAAGGACCUCCGGGUCCUCCAGGUCCUCCCGGGCCUCAAGGGCCCGCUGGAAUGAAGGGAGAUAAGGGGGAUCCCGGAGUAACAAGUUCGUUGACUCCAACUUACUUACAGCCAGUUAAGAACCAAUCAGAUGAUGUCAUUAAAGCCCCUGGGAUAUUAGUUCAGCCAACCUUCAGGACUGCCUUUUUAAACGAGUCAGCUACAUUUCGGUGCGCAGCAGACAAAAACGUUGACGCGACCAUCUCAUGGUCUAAAAAGGAUGGAUCUCUCCCCGUCGAAAGACAUUCCAUCAUCAAAGGAACACUGUUUAUCAAGAAUGUGGUCAUCAGUGACAAUGGCGUGUACAUCUGCACGAUUCGCGCUUACAAGGGGACCGCACAAGCUGCUGUCACACUUAAUGUGAAAGGUAAAAAAAAUAAACAAUGAAAAUAUGUUUUAAAGUCCUGCUGUGCACCAGUUCAACUGCAUGGGCAAUCCAGUCAGAUUGAUUUAGAAACAUUUAAAGAUUCCGCUUUUUAAUGACAAUAACUAAACAGAUUGCCACCUGCGACAACACAGCAAUUUUUAAUAGGAAGUUAGUGGGUGAUAGUAAGUACUUACGUAGUGCUAAAGUUCUGCUUUUGGUUUCAUACUCUUUUCUUGAUGUCAGCGGAAAGAUCCCCUGAAAAGAAAUUCGGAGAAUAUCUAUGUUUUAGUCAAAAUUACAGUCAUGGCUCGGGAUAUAUAAAUACUAACCUUUCUAAAACCACCAGAUCGCGAUACAAGCUGCAUCCUUUCUGCGGCGAGUUAUUAUCAAAAGUCAGGACCAAGUUAUUAUCUUACGGACGUGGUUAACAAUGCUUAUAACUUUGCACUCAGAGUCCUUUGAUACACUCCAACGAAGGGCUUGCACUCGAAGCGUAUUGUUUUUUAAUGUAUGACUUUCAUUUUUGCCCAUUACCUUAUUAACCCAUUCGCCACUAACCGCCCGUAACCGCCUGUGCGGAUCCACGUCCUUUCUACCCUUUGUGACGUCAUCAGUUUUAACGGUCAAGGACAACUUUGUCCCCUAACUUGUGCAGGGUUAAGAGAUCUUUCAAACCAUACCAGAAUGAGCACAAUUCAGUCAGGGACACCGGAGAAAGAGGCAAAAAACAAUGAAACAUUGACCUGAAAAUCUCCAUGAAAAUCUUGUUCCAUUGCUCACCUACCUAUCCUUUCACCUAAUCCUAAGAUCCUAAAAGCUUUCCUAAAAACUAUUCCCACCAAAAUGAAGCCUACUAGAUGCCCAGCAAGAGAAAAAAAAUGAGGUAAGAAAAGCGAAAAAAGAGGGGAGGAGAGAAAGCUAAAAGUAAAAGUCAAGACUGCUGUGUCACUUUUAAACCCAAAAAUUUUGCUUUCUGCGCAUGCCCGAACUUCGCAAGCUGAUAUUUUGCAUCUGGAUCAUAAGGCCGUGAAGUGUACGACCUGUAAACCGGUUUGUGGUAAGUUUUAGCUCUUUAUAGCAGGACAAUGACCAGUAAACCACUCGACUAGCUUCAAAACGCGUUUUUCGGCAAAAUCUCCAGGAGCGAAUGGGUUAACUCAGGUGAAAAAAAAAACACAGGACCAUUUUUGAUCUAGCAAACCGCUUAGUAUACCGGCGCUUCCUUCUAAGUUAGGAAAGCAGAAGUGAGGAGAACAGAAAUAAAAUCACAACAAGAAAAAACACAAACGUAAUGUCAUUGAAUAGUCUUGAAUGAAACUGAUCAUUUGCAGCUCUACCAGACAUUUCACUCGCUCCAGGGCCAAUCUACGCUGAAAGCGGAAAAGAUAUCAGUCUCCCUAAAUGCCAAGUUAUCGGAUAUCCUCCUGCGGUUAUAUCCUGGACAAAGCUUUUUGAUCAACAUCCAACUGGAAGAAUCGCUGUAGAUGGUCAAACCUUAAUAAUCAAGAAAGCAGAGAAGAAGGACGGAGGAACAUACAUCUGCACCGCUAGAAAUGCCAUGGGCACUUCGCACGCCAUGACAACUUUGAUCGUUAACGUGAUGCCGCAGUUCACCGUCAAGCCACCAAAGAAGAUAGAACGUUAUCAGGACAGUCAGUUACACAGAACUGUUCUGCAGAUGGACAGUCAGUACCUAACAUAACGUGGUCACGAUGCAAUGGAGAGUUGCCAAGGGGACGCACACAGGUGAAAGACGGACAGCUAAAGAUACGCAGCUUGAAGGUUGAAGACAGUGGCAUUUACAUCUGUUCUGCACGGAGUGGGCUGCUUCAGGUGGAUACCGAAGUACAACUGAUUGUUAAAACUGGUAAGAAGUGUUUUACAUUGCCUGCUAGUUUUGGGGUUUUCGAUUGAACUCAGUGAAAGCUAAGUAACUGUCUAACUGACUCGGGUUACAUUUACAGUCAAAUUCCUCUUAACGGACACCCGCUUAAUAUGGACACCUCAUUAUUAUGGACAGUUUGCUUUGUCCUUGGGAAAAGAAAACCCUUACAUUUUCUCUAAAUUCAACCCGCUUAAUACGGACACUUUCCAUGGCCCGUCAAUGUCCGCAUGAAAGGAGUUUGACUGUACUACAAAUCUAAUCAAUUUUAAGUGUCCUUGACUAAACACAAAUUUACUGUCAGUUGCACUACUUGCAUGUCGUACCAGUUGAAUAGGCCAGGCCGUCCUCCUGCCGGCAAAGAUCAACUCAACUUCGAUUAUAGGCAUGACAGUACACAAUUUUAGAUACCCCUAACUCAUCUGUUACCCGGUGAAUCUUCUGGACUGCCAUAAAGCAAUCGAACCUUCCGUAAGCAGAUACCGGCGACUAUAAAAUCAUCGGCUUUGGAGAGGUGUUCGUUUAAGGGAGUGCAAAAUGCAGUGUUUGCCUGACGCUGUGCCAUGACUAGCACUCUGCUUACGGGAGGGGUCCGUUAGCGCACGCUAUAUUCUUUCUAGUUUCAUAUCAUUCGUUAUUAUGUUGACAGAUUGAUUAAUGGAUAUAUUUUAUUGAUCAUGUCUGUAGCCCGAGAUUGUCAAGAACUGUUUUCUGCUGGAUUUAAAGAAAGUGGUGUGUAUACCGUCAACCCAACGAACAAAGCCAGUUUCGAAGUGUUCUGUGACAUGAAGACGGAUGGCGGAGGAUGGAAAGUCUUUCACAAGCGCUUUAAUGGGGCUUUGGACUUUUACAGGGGGUGGGAAGAGUACAAAAACGGCUUUGGUGACAUCAGAGGGGAGUUUUGGCUUGGGAACGAGAAGAUUCAUCAACUGAGGGAGAUUCCGAGUCAGCUGCGGGUGGAAAUUAAGACAAAAAACGAUGGUGACAAGUACGCGAAAUACAGCACUUUUACAGUCACUAACGAGGCAUCUAACUACUCGCUGUUUGUUGGGUUUUACUCUGGUACAGCUACGGAUCGACUGACUUAUCAUAAAGGCAUGGCUUUCAGUACUAAAGAUCGAGAUAAUGACGAAUAUGGUGAUAACUGUGUUGUAAGUUACAAGGGAGCAUGGUGGUAUGAUAGCUGUUAUUACUCAAACCUGAAUUCCAAUUAUGGUGACAAUGACUAUCACUGGCAAUGGGACUCACUCCUGGCUAGUGAAAUGAAAUUGAAACCCGCAAGGUCUAAAUGA